AUGGAUCAGGUUGCAACCAUCGACGUAGUAAACCAACCUCCGACGAGAAAUACAUCUAAACGUCUUAUUGACGAUGAAGUUGCAGUGGUCACAGAGAGGGGCGAAAAAGGAACGAGCACGUGGAAAGAAACAGUGACAGUGCAACAAGUCCCACGAGCUGUAUCGGCAAAAGGAGCAUCAGGAACUGGGACGAUACCAGAGCAGACCAACGCUUCUAUACGAAACCAAAACAGUUCUUCUGAAGAGCCAGAAGCUGAACGUCCAUCAAAAUGGACAGAUGCCAGUGGAAAAAACGCAGACCGAGAAACUGUAAGUGACGUCAUACCUAUAUUCGACAAGCUGGAAGCUAUGGUGACCGAAGUUCAACGGAUGGUGAAGUUGGUAAAGCAAGACCUGCUUAAUCGUUCAGUACAAACCAGUGGAGCACAAGAUCCAACCAACGUAGUCAUCAGUAAAACAGAUCCGUCGAAUGAAGAGUUGGAAAGAAAAGUGAUUGAAGACGUCAUUGAACACAUGAAAGGGUCAUUUCUAAGAGCUGCACGUGGUACGAAAGCCGUCAAUGAGGUGAGCAUGAAUCAGAUUAUAUUACAUCGGGUGAUGAAUGUUAUCGAUGAUAUCAUGUGA